AUGGCGGACUGUACUCAUCAUGAAUACUCAUUUACAUCGUGUCCGCCAGCUUCUUUAAAUGGAGACAUCUGUUUUAUUCAAAUUGAAGGUCAUCGGCAUUGCAGGAAAUUAGCUCUCGCGAGUGCGGCUCCUUUAGAGCAUCUGCAGCACGAAGAAGCGAUUGUGGCAUGUCUUGGUUCAUUUUUGUUCGCCAUUAUAUAUGAAGCAUUGGAAGCUUUAAGACAUAAUUUACUUCUACGCGCAGCGUGUAACAAUCGAUGUCCUUUACCAUAUAAUUCAACAAUGCAUACUCAUAAUUCAUUUGGUGGUAGUACAGCAUGUCCCGGUUGUUCAAUUCCAUCGGAUAACAAUUCGAACAAGGUUUAUCUGAAUCCACCUGAUGCAAAUGAUGAGAUACACGUGAAUGUUGCACCGGAUUCCUACGUCCAGAGACUUCGUUCCUUUUGUUCAGGAUAUCAUCUCGUUCAAACAUUUCUACAUAUGCUGCAUACAUUUAUGGGUUAUAUGCUAAUGUUAAUCGUGAUGACAUACAAUGUCUACUUGUUAUUGGCUGUUAUAUUCGGUUUCACAUUGGGCUAUUUUUUGUUUGCACAAAAUCGAGCUUUACUCCUUAGAUCGCAUAGUUGUUGUCAUUAA